CAAAUUGUCCAAUUUGUGAUGUAAACACAAAGUACGGUUUUUUUUCUUUUUCUUUUAUGAGGACACAGCUGAACUGAACUGUCUUCUUCAUGACUUCAAGUCAUGACCAUCCUCCAUCCAUUCAUUUUUUUUCCUUAAUCCAGGGCUAUAAAUGGAAUUGGUUGUGUUGAAGAAGAAAAGGAUCCUAAUUGUGUGAAGGCUGGAGAUGCAAAGGGUGAUGGUAUCAUCUGAACAGUCUCUAGUGCAUAAACUGGGGGAUUCCAAUAGGACAUUGUCCCCCAAAUUCAGGAUAGUGUCCCUAAGGUCCUCACUGCUAGAUGACCCUUCAAUGGACAAUGAAUUGGCUGUGAAAGGGGAGCCCCUACUUCCCGGGCUCCCGGACGACGUGGCUCUCCAUUGUCUCCUCAGAGUCACAGUCGAUAACCAUCUUUCGUGUAAAGGCGUGAGCAAGCGUUGGUUUUUGCUAUUUGCCCACAAGGAGAGAUUCUUCUCCUUGAGAAAAGAACUUUUGUUCCACGAGCCGUGGCUCUUCGUAUUGGCCUUCCACAAACGCACUGGCAAAAUCCAAUGGAAGGUUCUAGAUCUCACCAACUUUUCGUGGCACGCAAUCCCUCCUAUGCCCUGCAAGGACAACGCCACCGCCCAUGGCUUCCGGUGCGUCUCCCUACCCCACAACGGGGUGAUGUUUGUUUGUGGAGGGUUAGUCUCGGACGCGGAUUAUCCCCUCAACUUGGUACUUAAGUAUGAGGUUGGGGCUAACCGUUGGAGCGUGAUGAAAAGCAUGAUCACCCCAAGGUCAUAUUUCGGAAUUGGGCUUAUAGAUGGGAUGCUUUACGUAGCUGGUGGGAACGGUGCAGAGCUUUUUGAACUCAACUCAGCUGAAGUCCUAAACCCGAGUAACGGGACAUGGAAAUCCGUGUCCAAUAUAGGACUGUAUCUCUCCUCGUAUGACUCCGCAGUUCUCAAUGGGAAGCUUUUCAUAACAGAAGGUUGGUUUUGGCCCUUCUAUGUUGUCCCAAUGGGACAAGCGUAUGACCCGAAAACAGAUACGUGGGAGGGUAUACCCUCCGGGCUUAGGGAAGGUUGGACAGGUUCAAGCGUCGUGAUUGAAGGGCACCUGUUUGUUGUAACCGAACAUGAGAGUGCGAAGGUUAAGGUAUACUACUUUGAAACAGAUAGUUGGGACACGGUUGAUGGUCCUCCGUUGCCAGUGCAGAUAUGUAAGCCUUUCUGCGUAAGCUGUUACGACAACAGGAUCGUUGUUGUAGGACAGUACCUUAAGGUCGCUGUGGGACUCGUAACCAAGCGCCUUAAGACUUGUGGGAAGGAGUUUGGGUUCAAUGUUCAAUGGCGAGUUGUGUAUGCGCCCGACAACCUCUGCGAGUUCUCGCCAUCCAGUGCACAGCCAGAUGAGGAACAAGAGAAAAUGGAACAGAUCACUGAUGAGGGCAAGACUGAGAGUCUUCUUCUGAUCAUCAGAAUUGAGAGACAGAGAGAGAGAGAGAGAGAGGGAAUGGGGGCGGUGACAGCGUCGUUGAUAGCAAUAGCGGGGGUAGCACUGGGGUGGAUCACCAUUGAGAUGGCCUGCAAGCCUUGCCUGGACAAGGGCCGCCAAGCCCUAGAUCGCAGCCUCAACCCGGAUUACGACCCGGACGACGACGACGACGACCUCCGUGCCCCUCUCGUCGUCCCCAAUCCCAACCCUCUUCUUCCACCAAACUCGUCUGAUCCAAUCCCAUCCCAUCUUCCUUUCCCGGUCAGCUCUGCACUUGCUCCAAACUCCGAUCCCGUCCAUUUUGGUUAGUAGUGUGUUGUGGCGGAUAUUUUCCUCUUUUUUCUUUGAGGUCUCAGUGACCAAUCCGUACAGUCCCAUCGUCUCUCGCAGAUGAUGCUAGUAUCGUCGGCAUUCCAAAUCACACUGCCCCCCUCAUUGGAGUGUCUGAAUGCCUCAUUCGGCUCAUGACAAUUGGAGAUCCAUAUAUGUAUAUAUAUACACACACUUUGCCAUUGAUAUUCUAUCACUUACAAUGUAGACCGAUGAUUUCCUCCCGUAAAGGCAUGAACCAAUGACUCCUCUUAUCAUUGGUUCAUGCUUUGGUGAGAUAUCAUCCCCGGUUCGUUGUAAGUGGCACUAUGAAUGUUAAGGUAUAUAUGGAGCCCCAAUUAUCAUGAACUGAUUGCGGCCUUGCUGGGACACUAUGAUGAGGUGAACAGUGUGAUCUAGAAUGCUAAAGUGCCCACGAUACUAGCAUCGGCAUGCGAUGAUGAGACUGUAGGGAUUUGGUCACCGGCACCUCGACAGAAUAAGAUGAAAUAUCCCUCACAACACACUACAAACCGAAAUAGAUCGGAGUUUGCAAAUACCCGCUUUGUUUCAUUAAUUCUAGCAUUAUCUUUGUGGUAUUCUCCCUGUAUCCCUUUUCAAUUGAUCAACUUGUUGAUAUAUUGCCAAAUGAAUGAAUGUAUGCAUA